AUGAUCAGGGACAUGGGCUCGGCGGACGACCUGAGGAUCACAUCCCAGAAGAAAUCCCCGCUCGUCCCUCUGGGGGUGAACAGCCUGAAGCUUCUCUUUCUGUCUCUAGGCCAGGCUGUAGACAGUGAGACAGAGGAUCGAAUAUAUCGAAUGGAGGAGGAUGUGCAGCGUCUGAGCCGAGGCCUGGAGACCCUGAGAGGAACUGUGAACGGACUGGAAGAAAGUCUCCGAGCCUCGCUGAGAGAGGACGCCAACAGGAUGCUGUCGGCGCUGCUCUCCGCUGCCCCCGGUGCCGUCCCCGCCCCAGCUGCUGCCUCCGGUCAGUCCACUGUCGGGUUCGUAGAGAUUUCUUUGGGAGGCCCUGAGGCCGAGGGACUGGACGGCAGAACAGUGUUUCCAGGGCUUACAGAGCUGAACGGGAGGGUGGAGGAGCUCAGGACUGUGCUGCAGGCCAAGACAUUAGAGCUGCAGGAACUCAAAGCAACAGUGACAGGACAUGAUGGAGCGCUGAAGAAGAUGUCGGCAGGAAUGAUAUCAAACUCCACGGUCAGUCUCGAAGGAGCGCCGCAGAUAGCUAUAGAGAACUUGAUGGAUGGCAAGCUGAGUGAAGCCAGGUCGGAAAUCCUUGGUGGGUUUGAGGUGCGAGUGAAGAGCGCAGAGGGCAAAUGUGAGGAGAAAGCUGGGGAUCUGCGUCGUCAGUGCCAGAGAGAGCAGAGCGAGAGGCAGGAGCAGAUGGAGGACACUCUGGAGGGAAGCAACACAGACCUCAGAUCAGAGCUGAGAAACCUCCAGACGCAGAUCCAAGGUUUGAAGGCUUCAGGGAACUGCUCCAGUAGAGUGGGUGGGCUGGUUGAACGGGUGCACAGGCUGGAAACAUCAGUGGCAGGCCUCAACCAGUCCCAGGGGCACCUGAGGGUGGAGCUGGGCGGACACAAAGACCACAUAGAGGGGAUGCUGGAGGGGCGUCUGGGGUAUCUAGAGGCCAAGCUCAAUGUGAGCGGGGAGUCACAACACAACAGUUCUGAAAGAGGGAGUGUAUUCCCUGAGGCAGGACAGGGUGUGGAGGCCAGGAUGGAGGGUCGGCUGCUGGCUCUGGAGGACCGUUUACUGAUGGCGUUAGAGGAGCUGGUUAACUCCACGUCCCCCGCACAGCAGGAGGGUCAUGCUGUUCCCGCUCUGGAGACGGAGAUGGAUUCCAUCAGAGAGAAAGUGGAGGUGGAUGUGGAUAGACUGCAGAGGCAACUGAGCAGCCUUGAGACCCGCUGCACCUCUUCCUCGACUAAAACACCGUCCGCCAUCCAAGGAGACUCUGCCGCCAAUCCAUCAGAGGAGCAGAACGCGAAGGACGCACUGGACAUGCAAGGGGAUCGCUUAAAAAGGCUUAACGUCACCCUGCAGAACGUCCUGAAGCGUCUGCACCAGCAGGAACAAGCGGAGGGAGAUUAUCCCGUCCAGGGGGAGCUCACAAUCCUCAAGUUCAAUGUGCGCUCGGUCAACCACACCCUCAAAGACCUCCAGGAAACUCUGGGGACAGUCGUCCACCAGGUGGGACAGGCCAACAGCUCCUGGCAGACGAGCGAGGCGAGUCUGGCCAAGCAGAUAAAGGGUGUGGUGCAGCUGGUCGGACAUCAGGCCGCCAUGCUCGGUGCAGGCGAGCGCCGACUGACCCGGGUUAAAGGGGAGCUGCAGGGCAUGAGGAGGCGUCUGGCUGAGGAGGUGCGGGGCUGCCGGAGCACGGCCAUGGGCGUCAGGAAAGAGGUGACUGAGGUCGGAGGGCGCGUUACCAGUGUGGAGGACCAGUGUAAGGGCCUGAGUUACCUGGCGGAGGACCUGGAGAGGAUCAGGGAGGAGCUGGAGAAACAGUCGAGCGGUCUUCUGGUGCAAGUCAACGGGACGCUGUCCAGCCACGCGCAGCAGCUGUCGGAGCUCAGAGGAGAAGUGAGAAACUGCACGGCCCAGCUGGAUCCAACACAACACAGUUCAGAGCCGGAGCCGAGGCGAGGAGACACCUUCGCUUUGAAUUAG